UGUAAGGUCUGUGGUCUUGGCUGAAUUCUUUCCGAAACCUUUAUCCAACUUUCCUGGUCAGACAUGUAGACUGAAGCUGGUGGUGCAACCAGAUCAGAUCUCCUUUCCUCAGCUGUGCAACGGGCCGUUCAACCAGCCAUUCGAUCUGUACAAGUGAUGAGCCCUUUGCGCUGUCCUCAUGGGGCUGGGCUUUAACCUCUGGGCGUCAAAGACUUCAAAACUCUCCGCAUGGGCGCUGGCGCUGGAGCUUUAUCCACGAUUGAUGCGGAAGCCAUGGGUCAUCCUGAACGAUGCGCGGAAUGCAUUUGAAGAGGCCUUGGGUCUUCACGCAGAUGAUUUGCUUUUGGUGCUCUCACAAGACCUUGAAACAUCGACGUCGUCAAGGGCCAGUGUGGGGUUGGCACACGUCAGUGGCAAUGUCUACUUGGCACCCACAUUGGAGGAUGUAUGGCUUUCGUCUGAGCAGGUUCUGAUUGCAAACCUCUUCUCUCAUGGAGAGGUAGGUCUGGAUGCUGUGGCUUCCCGAUCCUUGCCUGAUGCAAAGUCACUUUCCCUGCUGGAAAGCCUGGCAACCUUUCGGAGCCUUCGGUGGCUCUCUUCACAGGAGGUCAGCUUGGAUCACUUGGAGCUCCCCGAUUCUCCAACGCGAGAGGCUCCAGUGAUCAAAGCUGUUCGCCGAAGUCUCUUAAGAAAGCAUCCUCUCCUGUAUGAAGUUCUGGAACUUUCUGCACCAUCCGCAAAAACCAGGGGCACGUGUCUUCAGCACUCCAACUUCAAGCAUCAUGACAUCCAAGGAGAAACCAUCGAAGAGUGUCAGAUCUCAGCGGCCCAAAUCGCGGCCCUGCGCGCCUAUGGCGCCCAAGCCGCACAAACAGCCGGCUCGGAAGGGCUUACAGGGUGUGGGUGUGCCAUACUGACUGAAGCAGGGCUUCUCUUUUCGGGUUCGGAGAUUUCCACCGCUGCUGCGGUGAUUUCGCCUUUGCAAUGUGCCCUGGUCUCGCUGGGUGCCAAUGGAUUUGCAGCCUCUUCAGUGGUCAGCGUGGCUUGGUGCGGCACUGGCCAUGAACGCCUAGCCCUGCAAGAGUAUGACGAAGCCUUGCUGUCCGCAUUGAUUCCUGGUACGCCCAUGCGAACAGUGGAAUUGGAGUAGUCUUCAGAGAGGUUCGAAGCAUCUUGAGGGUCCCACAAUGUCCAGUCUCAGUGGCAGGUCAGCCUCAACUAGGGCUGGCACGGGCUGAAAGAAUUGUAUGCGCCCAACGUCAAAGUACGCAGAAAGAUGGAGUCCUCACGUGCACAUCGAAACAAGCAGCCCAGCGAAAGGGACCACGGAGACCGUUCAAAGAUGACGAGACGGAGCCCUGACUUGGGGAAAACAGAGAGAUGAGCGAGGUCGCCUGGAUC